AUGGUUAUUGAAUAUAGCGAAAAUGAAUUCAGGGAAUUCAACGAAGAAAUGGAAACAGAAAGUACUGAAAUGCUUCACUACGACACCUUUUUAUUAUAUGCACGAAGCGAGAAUUCAUCAGAUAGGAAAAUUGCAAUCCGUGAUCUGGUGAAAUUGUCGCGAACGCUGAACAUCGAAAAAGAGCAACGGCAGAUUGAAGUUGUCUUUAGUCUGAUUGAAAAUAUCUUUGCUAAAGAAACAGAUAGUAAAAUAUGUGGUAUGUUAGUGGAGCAGAUUCCUUUAUUAUAUGUUGAAUUUAUGGCAAUAGAACACCUGCUGAAAAGGGUUCAUAAAGUAUUCCCAGAAUUACUAGCAAGUGCUUUGGAUCAUUCUGCGGAUGAUGUAAGUGGUUUUCAUAAGUCACUUAUGUUUUGUAGCUUAUUUUAG